AUGGGCAGCACUGGUGAGCCCGAUCGGAAUCGGCGGCUCUCUGACUCCUUUGUAUCUCCCGCCAAGCGCCCAGCGCUUCCGCCUUCCUCCGACGACAAGAAGAUAUACACCUCAUUUAGAGUCUUUAGGCAGUCCGCUAUUGUUCACGACGAGAAGGUAGCUGAGUUCAGCGACAUUGCCAGUAAAAGCCGUGUCGCCAGGACAUUAGGUAGCUGGGGUCAGCGACAUUGCCAGCUUGAUUUCGCUGUACUUAAAUACAGAAACCAAAAGCUUUCAGAACAGCUAGCAGUCCAUAAGUUUGAGUACCAUGCCCUCGAGGGUAAAUUUGACGAUCUCAAGCAGAAACAGAAGGCUCACCAUGAGACCCAAGAUCUAGCUAACAAGUCUUGGGAGCAUCUUGUGAGAGAUUUGAAGGCUACUUCUGUUUGCAAAAGUGGAUUUCAAAAUCCUUCUUGCAGUGCAGGUCCUAGCAACGUGUCUACAGAUGGCGCAUGCAUCCCAAAAGACAAGGACUUCCUUAGCAGACUUGUUGAGACAGGUGCCACAGAAAGUUCAGGUUGCCAUUUGGAAAACCAUGUACACUCGUCAACUACUGAUGUGCUGCAGAAUAUAUUGUUCUCAUCAAAUGAUUCAUGGCAUGCAAAUAAGAAGUCGCUGUUAGAUCUCUUUGCGGCAUUACCUGAAAAUGAGCGUAGUAGGGAACUGCGAACUACUGGUACUGAGCUGUCACUACAGCUUAAUGAUGCCAUACAAGAACUUAGUGAUCUCCACUUGAAGCACAGGCGGUUAACAGAGAAGCACCACGAAGAGAGAUUUUUAAACGCUCGAAGCAAAGCUGAACAGAAACGCCUUAAAGAGGAGUUGGCAAGUGCUGUUGCUAAGUUGGAAGAAAGCAACCACAAAUUGGCAGUCCUCAAAGCACAGGGAGACCCUACACAUGGUACUCCAAUCUUAUUUCCAACUUUAGGAAAUAAAAGCUUGCCUGAGGAUAAUGUCAGAGACAAACAAAAGGAAUUGCAGGAUCUAGAGGCAUGUCACAAGGAGUUUAUGGAUCUGAUUUCACAACGUUUGGUGGAAAUAAGGAGACUUCACGAAGACAGAAUUGAAAUUUUGAACAAGUUGUCUACCUUCCAGAACACUUUGAUGGAUUUUAAGAGCAUUUCUUCUUCAAAAGCUUUCCAAGUUCUGAAGGAUCAACUCCAAAAGUCACAAGCAGAGUUGGACCACUGCCGAACACUAUUAGAGAAAUUACAGGUCAAUAAGGAUAAAAUGAUAUGGCAAGAAAGGGAAGUUAAUGUAAAAGUUGAUCUGUCUGGAAUUCCUCAUAGGGUAUCUCUGAAUUGUGAGUCAAGCAUUGCAGUUUUAGAACAGAAUCGGCAGAAAGUAGUUGAUGAAAAGAAUAUGCUUGCGCUGAAACUUGAAGAAUCUUCGAGAGAACCUGGUCGGAACCAAAUCAUAUCAGAAUUUAAAGCGCUGGUGUCAUCACUGCCAGGAGAAAUGGGUGCCAUGCAAACUGAAUUAUCCAAGUACAAGGAUGAUGCUUCAGAAUUGCAUUCUUUGCGAGCCGAAGUUCACUCUGUUUCUGAUAUUCUGGCUAGAAAGGAGCACACUAUCAACGAAUCAUUAUGUAGAUCUGCUCAUGCUGGAUCUGAGAUAAGGGAUCUACGAUCCAGGAUUUGUGAACUAAGGCAAACGAAUUGCGAGUUGAAGCUCUUUGUGGAAAUGUAUAAACGCGAUUCUACUGAUUCAAGAGAUUUGCUGGAGUCCAAAGAUAGAGAAUAUUGUGAAUGGGCUCAUGUCCAUAGCCUCAAAUCUUCUCUUGAUGAGAGUAGGCUAGAACGGCGUGUUAAGGCAGCCAUUGAAGCUGAAGCAAUGUCUCAGCAGAGACUAGCAAGUGGUGAAGCUGAGAUUGCUGAAUUAAGGGGGAAGAUGGAGAGUGCCAGAAGGGAUAUUGGUAGUUUAUCUGAAUUAUUGAAAUCAAAACAUGAAGAAGGUGAAGCGUACCUGUCAGAGAUUGAGAGUAUUGGGCAAGCAUAUGAAGAUAUACAAACACAAAAUCAACAAUUGCUACAGCAAAUUAUUGAGAGAGAUGACCACAAUACAAAGGGAGCAGAAACUGGCAUACUUUGCGCAAAAGCACAAGAAUCUGUUCCAUUUUCUUUGGCAACAUCAUCUUCCAUGUCAUUUUGUUGCCAGCUAAUCUUUAUGGAAGGCGUUAAGGUGAAACAGGCACAGGAUACUUUGCAUUUAGGGGUAUGCAACCUGAACAGGAAUUUACGGCAGGCAAAGAGCUUGAUGAAUCUCUACAAAGAUAAAGUUGCCCAGUUAGACGACAAGUUAAAAGUUUGGUCAGAGCAGAUAGGGAGACUUUCAGAGGAUGGACGGCGACAUUCUGUAUCUUCAGGCAAUGCUCAACGAAAGCUGGUGGAUCUACAGGGAGAGGCUCAACAAUUGAGACCGUCAAUGGAUGAAGUACAAGCCAAGGUUGGGAGGAAUCGACUAGAAGUUGCUGGGUUGCUUGUAGAACUAGAGAAGGAUAGGUUUAGUAAGAGGAGAAUUGAGGAUGACUUGGAAUCGAUGUCAAGGAAAGCUAGUUCUCUUAGAGUGAAGACAGAAGCCUCGUCGUUGUUGGAAAAGGUUCAUCAGGAGGUCAAUGAGUACAGGGGAAUAUUGAAGUGCGGUGUCUGCCGCGACCGACAGAAAGAGGAGACUCAGUCUAUACCUCCGUUUCGAGAGAAAAAUAGCCUGAGAGGCAAAUCUAUGAAACACUAUACUCUUACAACAGGUUAUGCAUGUGCAAAGAAGAAACCAUUCGUGAAAGAAGAACUCCAAAAGCUUGCCGCUGAAUGGCCAACAAAGGUGAUGAAAAGGCAGAAGAAAGAUGACAUGAAGAGGAAGUACGAAAGAUCACUGGGUACCUGA